AUGGUGUCUAGUCAUUCAGAAUCUGUGGUUAAUCCUACUACUCAUGGAUCUCUUCAACAACAAACUCUACCUGUCGACCUCAGUUCGUUGCAAGAUUUGAUCUCCUUCUCAACUCCAAUACUUGUUGAUCAACAGGUUCUACCUUUUCAGACUGCAACAACAUUGACACCUCCAAUUCAACAGGUAGUGAGCAAUAUCAAUGUUCAACAGUCACUCCCUCUCGACACCAAUACUUUACAAGAUUUGAACUCUCUGUUGAUGCUUAAUUGCAUGAACAAUGGAAGUGCAACUUCUAAUGACGACUCUUCUCCAUUACUCAAUAUUCCAAGUAGUAACAUGUUCUUUCAUGAAUGA